GAAAAUGGAACUCCACCUUGAGACAGAUUAAUAAUAUUAUUAUAUUGAUCCUUUCUAACCUUCGGUUUCUCUCUCUUCACUCUUCACUCCACUUGUUUCUCGUCUUCUGUCGUAGCUAUCGCAGACUCCAGAAGAGUCUCUUCAAAAGGUUUUCCAGGAAAGUGACAGAAAAUAUGGUGGAUUUUUGUCAUUGAUUCUUUGGAUGAUUCGUCUGUUUACAUUGCAAACGUAGGAAUGGUAUUCAGGUUUGAAGGCUAGUUGAAUAAGUAGACAUAAGAAUGGGUACUGAUUCUGAUGCUGAAGUUAGUGUCUCCCUUGACGAAGCCAAUCCGGCAGAUCAAGAAACUGAGUCAAGUAAAAUUGAUUUACUUGUUGAAAUGUCUUCUGAUGCAGAAAUAAAUGGGGAGUUAGGAAUUGCGGAUGAGAUUCUAACAAGAAUGGAAUUAGAUUUGGCAUGUGCUUCAGAGAAGCUGGUUAACCUAAGUCUACUCAUGAUGCAUGUGGCAACCAGGGAAAGUGAGUUUGAAACAAUUACCUCUCCAAAAGAAAAUUUUGUGGGAGAUUCAGUGGAAGCUCUGGAAUUUGAUCUCUUAUCCUGGAUUUUGGAUUCUGAAGUAACAGAAUUGGAUAAGUUCAUGACAGAUACCCAGAAAAAUAUUGUUGAUGCCCGUAAAAUGAUAUCCUUAUAUCAACAUUUGGAAGAAAUUUUCAUGGCAAUGGAAGAAAAAUUACUUGAUUGUGAAAAAUCGCUGAAGCAAUUACAGGGUCAAGUCUCAGAAAUCAGGAUGCAAUCUGCCAAGUUUCAAAGGACCUUGGCAUGUCUGAAAAGAGAAGAAAAUUGGAAUGGUGAUGAGGGGCCAAAUUUCUCAGAAGAAAACCAAUUUUUGGACAUGAAUGCAAAGAUCAAGAUGCAAACUGCUGAACAACAAAGACAUAUUUUGAGGAUGCUAGAGAAAUCUUUGGCAAGAGAGAUGGAUCUUGAAAAGAAGCUAACUGAUUCAAGACAAAUAGAGGCAGAGAUGAAACGUAGGCUACUUUCUACAGAACAAGAAGUACUCUUCAUGGAAGAAGAUGCAAUAGAUGUUUAUGAAAGAUUGUUCACAGCAGAAAAUGCUGCAGAAAUUCUGAUGGGAAUUUCACAAGAAUUACUGAGUCGAGUAAAGAUACUUCAGUUCAAUUUGAGUGGUUCAGUUCAACGAGAAGCUGCACUCAGAUCAAGCCUUGAGAAAUCCAUGGAACAGUUGGAAGCCAAAGAAAAUGCUUUGCAAAAGUUCAAUAGCAGCAGUUCAAAACUAAAGCUUCUUGCAAAGACUGACAAUUUAAACACAAGCUUGACAGAAGCUGAAGACAAUUUAAUUCUUGCAAAUUCUGAGGUUUUCACUCUAAGAGAAAAGGUGAAUUCACUUGAGAAGCAGCUGGAAGAAUCUGAGUUUCAUCUGUCUAAUGCAAAGGUCAAUGAGGGAAAUCAGGAACAGCAUAAUGCUUUACGUUCUGAGGUCACGAGCAUGGAAAAUAUAAUUGAGGAUUUGAAAGAACAACUAACUAAAGUGGAAAGUAGGGCAGCAAGUGCAGAAGUCAAAUGUAAGUUGUUGGCGGAGACUAAUAUGGAUCUUAAUGAAGAGGUAUCCCAUCUUAAAGGUACCUCUGAAAAGGUGGAUUCAUUAGAGAAGCAGUUGAGGGAAUCUGAUAUCAGACUCCAGCAUGCAUUGGCAUCUGCUGAUGCCAGUCAGGAGAAGCAAACUAUGCUGUAUGCUUCAAUUAGAGAUAUGGAAAACUUAAUUGAGGAUCUAAAGUUGAAAGUUCAGAAAGCAGAAAGUCGAGCAGACAGUGCAGAGGAUAAAUGCAUUGUGUUAUCUGAAUCUAAUGCAGAACUCAAUGACGAACUGAGCUUUUUGAGGGGGAGGCUUGAAUGCUUGGAGGCAUCUUUGAAUCAAGCUGAGGAAACAAAAAUGGCUACUGCAAAGGAUAUUGGAUUUCGGACUAAAGUAAUAACAGAUUUGAUGUUGCAAUUGGCUAUUGAAAGAGAGCGUCUUCAUAAGCAGCUGACAUCAUUAUCGCUUGAGAAUAGACAUUUGGCGAUGAAAUUACAGCAAGCAAGAAAGGAUCCCUUUACAGGUACUGACCAUUAUAGUGGAUGGGAUGGCAAAAAGCAUCUGUUUCCUGAGCAUGAAAUAACCCAAAUCUCAGCAUCUGGUUCCAAGUUGGACAAGUCCCAGAAAAAUGCAUCUGUUGGUGAGACAAAAGUGACAGCGGUGCCGGCAGGUUCAGUAUCGGAACCUGAAAGUGUAAGGAGAAUAGAUGCAGGAAUGCUCAACUUUAAGCAUGUUAUCAUGGCAGUUCUUAUUUUAAUGAUUGCAGCAGCUGUCUACUUAUUUCACCAAUAGAGCCGAGGCCUAUGAUAGUAUUAGUAGAGAUCCUAACACAAUUUUUGGAUAGUUUUUGUAUGUUAUGAAUUAGAAAUGCUAAAAAUGCAACAUAGUACAGGAGGCAGUAAUACCAUUUUCAGACAAAUCAAAGUGAUCUUGACUGAGUUUGGGCUUGUAGUCUUUGUUUUCUUUUUUUUUU